AUGUGUUCUUCUUCUCUCUUUCUUUUGGGUUCGUUGUCCACCGCUGUUUCUUUUUGGUUCUUCGUUGUUAUUGCCUCAGCCAUGGUCACCGCCCACCAUCCAAACGGCUUGCUUCGUUCUUUAUUACACCACCAGUUCCUUCCACCGCUUUCAUUUUUAUUCCUCAUGCUCCCCCCACCGCCUCUCUUAUCAGAUGUCUUCUCCACCACCUACACAUACGUCUUCGACCAUACCUCCGGCCUCUGUGGCCUUCUUUCUAAUCGAAUUGGAGGAGAGGUCCUGUUGAAAACGGCGGUGUCGUACGCACGACCGGCGUCGACGUUUGUGGAAAAUUUUCUAUUCUCUGUCCACGUGUUGUUCAGCGUGCCUGGUUUUGCUUCCAUCUUUAUCUGUUAUCUGAACUUAGGGCUUUUAUCCCAUCCUCUCCUCUCCCUACCAGUCGCCGAAUAUAACUCUUUCUUCGUGGCUGAUUCAGAACGACUUGAAGGUGGUCACCGGUGCUUGAUAUCGAGUGCUAGGGGUGGUAUUGGGUAUGGUCGAAGACAUUCACUUGUGAGAAUCGGAGAAAGCAUUCGAAUGGGUUUCAUCUAAAGCACAUGAUGGAAAAUCAGUUACUUCAUCAGAAUUUAUAGCCUAUUUGCCGGUUGCUGCUUAGUCUUGGAUCAUUUAAUGUUUAUAAUUGUACCUGGAUGUACAUAACCUGUUACUGUAUGGUAUCCAAGGUAGGGGCAAAUCACCAAAUUACCCUUGAAUACAAUUUGUGGAGAAAUCUUCAUGCAUAAAUCCACAAUGUGACUAGAAUCCUACGCUUUGAACGCAAAAACAAAGCUGAAAUAAUGUCAUAAGAAAAUCUAUGAAC